AUUGUCACACUAAAUUUUAAUUUUAAAUAAAGAAAAAUACGAAGACAAUACUUAGCGCUGAGUCAAAGUUCCUCUAGCAUAUUUGUCAGUAAAGCGUGCGUUUAGCACAAAUGUCAGUUUAGUCGCAGAAAUGGCGAUUUUGCUAGAGAAACUAAUUUCAGGAUAUCGCGAAUUUUUAACAUGGGGAGAUCCACGAGUGGCACAUCUGCCCUUAAUGGGGUCACCCAUACCACUCUUGAUCAUUCUAGUGGCCUACGUUUUCUUCGUUUUCGAAAUUGGACCUCAUAUUAUGCAACACAGGGAACCUUUUAACAUCAAAAUAGUGAUUAUGGUUUAUAACGUAUUGCAGAUAAUUUUAAACGGUAUAGGAUUUGUUAUGACAAUGUAUUGGCUGCCGGAAGUGAAUGUAUUGUGCACACCUUUGACAAAACCCGACCUUGCGUUCACCCAUUACUUGUACUUUUUACUUAAAGGUAUGGAUCUUUUUGACACGGUUUUCUUCGUUUUACGGAAAAAAUACAGCCAUAUUUCUUUUUUGCAUUUGUACCAUCACAUAAUAAUGCUUGUUGGGUCUUGGGUCACUUGCAAAUAUUUUCCAGGAGGCCAACUUUUCGUCGUUGGGAUGCUCAACACUUUUGUCCAUGUGGUAAUGUACAUCUAUUACUUUUUGAUGUCGUGGGACCCCACAUAUAAGAACAUUAUGUGGUGGAAACGCUACCUCACGCAAUUACAAAUCAUGCAGCACUGUAUGGUUUUUUUCGCAUUUUUGGCGGCUAUCUUAAACCCGAACUGUACUUACCCAAGGGGUGUAUUACUGGUUUAUUUGCCUGGAAACGUGCUGAUGAUUUAUCUCUUCGUGGAUUUUUAUGCCAAAACUUACCCAAAACGAGUACUCGAAGCAAAACAACACUGAAGAUUCUGUAUUUACUUUCCUGUUUCUAGUUAGUAAAAGUCAAAUAUACGUUCGAACUUUCACAA